AAACCACGCGCUACCUCUCCCUCUCUCUCUCUCUACUUUGCCGUUUUGUCUUGUUGACACUCCACUUGAUUCUUGUUGGGGGGUUUUCCAACUUCAAACAUACAUUUGCUGCUGCGAGCGGUUUCACUCGCCAGAUCUGCUCUUCAGGGACGGUUCCUUUCCUGGCUGGGUUCGUUCUGUGUGUGGGGAGAAUGGGAUUUAUUUCCCGGAAAAUAUUCCCGGCAUGUGGGAGUAUGUGUGUAUGCUGCCCUGCUAUGAGGUCAAGUUCGCGACGACCGGUCAAGCGUUACAAGAAACUGCUUGCUGAAAUCUUCCCCAAAUCCUCUAAGGCCCCUCCAAAUGAGCGAAAAAUUGUGAAGUUAUGUGAAUAUGCUGCCAAAAACCCUUUUAGAAUCCCAAAGAUUGCAAAGUAUCUUGAAGAAAGGUGCUACAAAGAAUUGCGUUGCGAGCACAUCAAGUUCAUCAAUAUUGUUUCAGAAGCUUACAACAAGUUGCUCUGUCUGUGUAAAGAGCAAAUGGCAUAUUUUGCAGUCAGUCUGCUGAAUGUUGUCAAUGAAAUGAUGGAUAGUCAUAAGAAAGAUGCUGUGAGGAUAAUUGGAUGCCAGACCUUUACUAGAUUUAUUUAUAGCCAGGUAGAUGGGACUUACACGUAUAACAUUGAAAAUUUGGUUGACAAAGUUUGCACACUAGCUCGGGAGAGUGGAGAAGACCAUGAAAAGCGCUGCUUGAGGGCAGCAAGUUUGCAGUGCCUAUCAGCCAUGGUAUGGUACAUGGCAGAAUUUUCGCACAUAUUUGCAAAGUUUGAUGAGAUUGUGCAUGUCACUUUGGAUAACUAUGACCCGGAUCCACUAGGUGAAGAUGAUGAUGAAAGAGGGGAGCCACAUCAUAAUUGGGUUGAUGAAGUGGUAAGAUGUGAAGGUAGAACUGUUGCUGCUGUUGGUAGUGAAAUCUCUAGCUGCACUUUCCUCAGGCCACGAGCAGAAAAGAAAGAUCCUUCUCUUUUGAGCAGAGAGGAGAUUGAGACACCAAAAGUUUGGGCACAAAUAUGUAUCCAAAAAAUGGUUGAACUGGCCAAAGAGAGUAUAACAAUGCGACUGGUCUUAGAUCCGAUGUUUAUCUACUUUGAUACCAAGCGGUACUGGGUUCCAAGGCAUGGGUUGGCAAUAAUGGUUCUAUCCGACAUGUGCUACUUCGUGGAAAAUCCAGGGAACCAGCAGUUUAUUCUGAGUACUGUGAUUCAUCAUUUGGACCACAAAAAUGUGUCACAUGAUCCUCAAGUCAAAUCUAACGUUGUCCAAAUUGCUAAUUCUUUGGCUCGGCAAAUUAGAUCUGAAGCUGUACUUACGGAUUCUGGAUUUAUCAGUGAUCUAUGCCGACAUUUGAGGAAAAGUCUUCAAGCAACUGUUGACUCUGUUGGAGAGGAAGUAUUGAACUUGAAUAUCUCCCUCCAAAACACCAUUGAAGAUUGCUUACUAGAGAUUGUUAAAGGGAUUGUUGAUUCACGACCGAUGUUUGACAUGAUGGCAAUAACACUAGAGAAGCUUCCAUCUGUUAAAGUUGUUGCUAAAGCAACUAUUGAGUCAUUGAUCAUUCUUGCUCAUGUGGUUUCAUUGGCAUCUGUCUCUUCACUUUCGCAGCAGGUGUUUCCAGAGGCACUUUUUGUGCAACUUGUGAAGAUAAUGUUGCAUCAUGAUGUUGAAGUACGUGCUGGAGCGCAUCAAAUAUUUUCUGCUCUGCUUGUCCCAUGUUCUAACUCACAACAUGGCAUUGGUAGUAAACAUCCAAGGAGAUGGCACUCAGAUUCUGCAUCUCCAUUUGCUUCAAUAAAAUCACUACUUGAAAGGCUUCAGAGAGAGAAGGAUGGCACUAAAGUACACAAGCCGGUGAAUAAUGUUCAAGAUAAUUUCAAGGACAGAGAAGUUACUGAGGAAGAAUGGAAGCAGGGACGGGCUCCCAAGAAUUCAUCUAAUUUUCAUAAAAUAAGUUCUAUCAUUGACAAGACAACUAAAACAACCAGCUGGGCUGAGGCUGAACCAUCAAUUCUGAAAUUUAGUGAGGACCAAGUAGCCCAGUUGUUGUCUGCCUUCUGGGUACAAGCUAAUCUUCCAGACAAUCUGCCUUUUAAUAUUGAAGCGAUAGCUCACUCUUACUGCUUAACACUUCUUUCUUUACGCCUUAAGAACCCAAAAAACAACGUUGUGGUCCGGUUCUUUCAGCUUCCACUGUCACUAAGGAAUAUACUGUUGGAUCCUAACAAUGGUACAUGGCCUCCAGCAUACCAGAGAACGGUCCUCAUCUUAUCAACAGCAAUGUUGACUUUUGCAGCUAAGAUGUACCAGAUUCUUGAUUUAAUUGAUUUAGUCAAAUCUCUAGUUGAAUAUGAGGUUGAUCCCUAUCUAGGCAUCAGUGAUGACUUCCAAGUAUAUGUGAAACCUUGGGCAGAUGUGAGGGAAUUUGGAUCCGCAGCUGAUAAUAAAGACGCAGCAUCAUUACUACAUGAUCUGCGGAACCAAGUCUAUGAAACUGACAAGAUUGUUGUGGAUAGUUUAGUUCAGAGUUUAUCCGGCACUACUGAGCUGGAGCCAGAUGACUUAGCAAAGCAACUUUCUGAACCAUUCACACCUGACGAUGCAUUCAUGUUUGGUCCACAUUCGGUAGUCGAUUUGGAUGACCUUCAAGCGAUCGAAAACUCCAAGGAAACUCUUUCCAUCGACGGGGAUUUUACGACAAACCUGAUGGCUGAGGAUGAUCUGAGAAGUGAAUCAUCUGUUGCUGACCUCUCUCGCUUCAUUCCCCACGUGGCCGCAUCCCCUUCCAUGCCUCACAUCAUUAGCAUCGGACAGCUUCUGGAAUCGGCGCUUGAGGUAGCUGGUCAAGUGGCUGGAACUUCUAUUUCAACUUCACCCCUUCCAUAUAGCGCCAUGGCCCGUCAAUGUGAAGCUCUUGGCACUGGGACAAGACAGAGGCUCUCGAGUUGGUUGACCUAUGAAAGUCAUUACUCUAAAACAUCUGAAAAACUGUUUCCAGCAAUUUCUACGGAUGGGCAUUCAGAAAUCAAGAUGGUUAACAAUGGAGGUGGAGCUGUCCAGGGAGGAAUGCUGCCGAUGGACCCUUGGUUGGCAAUGAAGCUUCCUCCUGCUAGUCCAUUUGACAACUUCCUCAGAGCAGCUAGGUAUUAGUAACAAAGAAGAGGCUAUAACAAGCUGUCUGUUAACCUGACAUUGUAAAGUUGUAGGAAUUGUAGGAUGUUCACAGCUCAGCUCAUGAUUUCAACAUGAUUAACAUUCGAAGGGCUUCAAUGCCCUUCCGAAUUUGGGUUAUUGUAUGCUAUGUUUACCUC